AUGCCGUCAGAAAUACCCCUAUACGAUAUUGUCAUUAUCGGUGCCGGACCGGUUGGUUUACUGCUCUCAGUGUGUCUAUCGAGAUGGGGCUACAAAGUCAGACAUAUCGACAAUCGGCCCGUUCCAACAGCAACCGGACGAGCGGAUGGCAUUCAACCACGAUCCCUAGAGAUUCUGAAAAACAUGGGAUUGAAGCGAAAGAUCAUGGCCCAUGAUCCCGCACGAGUCUUUGAGGUGGCGUUUUGGGAUCCUGUACCUGGUGGGAAGAUCGUCAGAACCGGCACCUGGGCCAGCUGCCCGGAAUUCCUUGACGCCAGAUACCCCUUUACUGCACUGCUUCAUCAAGGAUUGAUUGAACGUGUGCUUAUCGAUGAUCUGACGAAGAACGGAACCACGGUCCAACGACCAUGGACUAUUACCCGAUUCGAAACCAACCACGUCAACUCUGAUUACCCUGUCGAAGUCGACCUCCAGAACCUCGACAGCAACGUCACAGACACCGUGCGGGCAAAAUACCUCUUCAGCGGCGAGGGAGCACGAAGCUUCGUCCGUGAACAGCUCGGCGUCCAAAUCAGACAUAAAGAUCCAAUCUCACACGUUUGGGGAGUGAUGGACGGCGUGGUCCGAACCAAUUUCCCUGAUAUCAAGAUGAAAUGCACCAUCCACUCCGAUCACGGCAGCAUCAUGGUCAUCCCACGUGAGAACAAUAUGGUGCGAUUAUAUAUCCAGAUCGCGAGCUCGACAGACCCAGACUUCUCGCCUCGCAAGACCGCAACAGUCGAGGAAGUACAAGCGGCGGCCAAACGCAUCUUCCAGCCAUACUACUGCCACUGGGACCGCGUGGAAUGGUACUCGGUCUACCCCAUCGGCCAAGGUAUCGCGGACAAAUACACGUUGGACCACCGAGUCUUCAUGGGCGGCGACGUCUGCCACACGCACUCGCCCAAAGCCGGACAAGGCAUGAACACGGCGUUCCACGACGCCAUCAACUUCGCGUGGAAAAUGCACCUGGUCGAAUCGGGCUUCGCGUCUCGCGACAUCCUGACCACGUACGAGGUCGAACGCAAAUCCGUCGCCGAGACACUCCUGAAUUUCGACAACAAGUACGCCGCGCUCUUCUCGCAACGGCAGCCCACCGCGUCCGAAGUUGACGACGCGCAUAAAAACGAUCACGGGGAAACACAGAACGAAUUCGUCGAGAUGUUCAAAGCCAACUGUGAGUUUACUUCGGGGUACGGCGUCGCGUAUAACGGCAACGUCUUCAACCAUACUCGCGACCACCCGUUCCAACACCCGUUGAUCGUCAUGGACUCGACCAAAUUGCGCCCCGGCCGCAUCAUGCCUCCCACCGACGUGACGCGCGUGGUCGACGCCAACGUCGUACACCUCGAGAACGAGAUCCCCUUCAACGGCUCCUUCCGCCUAUUCAUCUUCGCAGGCCCCAAACAGAGGUCGAAGAAGGGCCGGCACAAGGCCCUCGCCGACCUGGCGUCCGGGCUCACGGGACCAUCGAGCUUUUACUCUCGUUUCGGCUGCGCGAGUCGCCAACGCGACAACCAUCACGACAUGGACAAUCCGCACUCACGCUUCUUCUCGCUGUGCUUGACAAUCGCUGCUAAACGGUCCGAGAUCGAGAUCGCAGACCUCCCGGCGCUGUUCCAGGACUAUGCAGCCCGCGUGUACGCAGAUGACAGGCGAGAUAUGCGCGUGCCGGACGGGGUGGCCUCGGCGCAUGCAAAGGUCGGAUUGACCGGCGACGAGGGCGCCGUGGUCGUGCUGCGCCCGGAUGGACAUGUUGGUGUCACUGUGAAGUUGGUCGAAGGACCAGGCACCGUCGAGGCGCUCGAAGGGUAUUUCAAGGAAUUCACAACGGGAAGAGAUGAGAUGAAGGCCAGUACAGGGCUCAGAGGCGGGAGAGAGCACGUUCGAUCCCAGCUUUAA